AUGGGGUUACUAGCUGUCGGCACGCCGCUGGAUUGGCCCGAGGCGAAGAAAGUCGCAGACCAUGUUAGAGAAUGGGGGAUCGAGCAACUCCUCGCCAUCUGGAACCGCGCCAAAGGCAAAGAGCGAGACGCGCUUCUGUGGGGAGAUGAGAUUGAAUACCUGGUCGUGUCGUUUGAUAAUAAGAAGAAGGAGGUCAAGCUUUCGCUGAGACAGGCGGAUAUUCUGGAGGCGUUGGCGAGCGAUGCCGAGCUGUUGAAGCAGGGCGGUGGGGUGCCGGAUUUGGCGAGGGGAGAGGCGAAGUCUGCACGGUCUGCGCCGACUUUUCAUCCGGAGUUUGGGAGGUUCAUGCUUGAGGCUACGCCUGGACGGCCUUGGGGGAUUGGGUUUAAGGACUUACUUGAUGUGGAGCAGGACAUGAAGUGGAGACGACAAAUCGCAAAGGACCACAUCUUCGAGUGUGAGUAUCCAGUCACCUUGACGACGUUCCCCAUGCUGGGCGACCGGAAAUCUAUCACUCCCUUCUACGAGCCUUCCGGCCCAAAGCUUCGAUCUCAGUUUGUGCCAGACGAGAUUGCAAAUCCACAUAUUCGCUUUCCGACGCUUGCUGCCAACAUACGGUGGCGAAGAGGACGGAAAGUGGAACUGAAUGUUCCCGUCUUCCAUGACGAGAACACGCCCAAGCCCUGGAAAGAUCCCACCGUCAACUACGACCUUUACAACUGGCCGGAGGAUGACGAUGUUCGAAAUGGAGCCGCCAAGGACGACUAUAUCUACAUGGAUGCCAUGGCGUUUGGCAUGGGCUCAUGCUGCCUGCAGAUCACAUUUCAAGCUACUAACAUUGCUGAGGGAAGGAAGAUGUACGAUCAGCUUUCUCCGCUGGGGCCGAUUUUGCUCGCAUUGACAGCCGCAACGCCUAUCUACAAAGGCUUCCUUGCAGACACGGAUGUACGAUGGAAUCAGAUCAGUGCUGCUGUUGACGAUCGGACUCCUGAGGAAUUGGGUGAGAAGCCGCUCAAGCAUGACCGUUGGCGGAUACCGAAGUCGAGAUAUGCUAGCAACAGCACGUACAUCUCGCAAGACCCUCGUCUGCGGCCGGAAUAUCUCGAUCCAGAUCUUGUGGUAGACGAGAAGCUGAAGGCGCGGUUGGUUGAGGGCGGCAUGGACGACAUUCUGGCUACGCACUUUGCACACCUGUUCAUCCGAGAUCCUAUCGUUGUGUUCGCCGAGGACUUGAAGGAGUUGGACUUGGACAAGACCGAUCACUUUGAAAACCUGCAAAGCACCAACUGGCAACAUAUGCGCUUCAAGCCACCUCCUCCAGGAAACGAUAUUGGCUGGCGAGUUGAAGUACGACCGAUGGAGAUCCAGAUCACCGACUUUGAGAACGCGGCGUUCUCAGUCUUCGUCGUGCUCAUCACUCGCGCCAUCCUCAGCUUCGACCUCAACUUCUAUCUCCCCAUCCCACGAACGACCGAAAACAUGGAGACUGCGCACAAGAGAGAUGCAGUGCUGAACGACAAGUUUUACUUUCGAAAAGACCCACUACCAAGACGUUCGGCAAGGACGAACGGAACAGCGUCACCACGCUCAGGCCCGAACACUCCCCAGCCUAGCAGACCGCACACGCCUGGCCCCGUCGAAGACGAAUACGAACUCAUGACCGUCGACGAAAUCAUCAACGGCAAACGAAACGGCGGCUUCCCUGGCCUCAUCCCUCUCGUCGAAUCGUACCUCGAUAGCGUCAACGUCGACGUCGAGACGAGAUGCGAGCUCGCCCAGUACCUCGCCCUGAUCCGAGGCCGAGCGAACGGGGAAUUGUGGACGGCGGCGAAGUGGAUUCGACAUUUUGUGAGGGAGCAUCCUGAAUAUCAAAAGGAUAGCGUGGUUACGGAUGGAAUGGCUUUUGAUUUGGUCAAGGCGGCGGAGAGGAUUACGGUGCAUGAGGGGAGGGAUGGGUUUGCGAGGCAGAUGUUGGGGAGGUGUCGGGAGGGGUGA